AUGUUUUUAUUUACAAUGGAUUUUCUUAAAAACGCCGUAGUAUUGAUUCCACUCUCUUUUAUUAUUUUCAUAGUGGUGAAACGAAACUUAAAGAUUGCAUCACAAAACGUGAUAAAUACCGAAUCGGAGGAGAGUUGCAUACCGGAAAUAAUAUACUUUGAAAGUAUGUCCACUGAGGAUAAGUUGAAAAAACUCGACAGCGAACUUCGUAAAAUUGAAAAGUGUUUAACACCUGAAAAAACGUUAAACGUUUCACAUAAAUGUCUGACGGAAAUUCAGCUGCUGAAACUCAAAAUCUGUAAAUCGUAUCAGUUCGAACAGGUUGAACUCGGUAACGCGAUCUCGUGGCUAGAAAAACCUACGGAAACUCGUGGUAAAUAUAGACCGGUAACUCGCGAGGGAGACAAAAUCGAGAGCCACGAAAUCGAUGACUUAAAGAGAGUUAUUAUACGAUUGAUUGCGAAGAAAGUGUCCGACGGUGUAUCGAUGACAGACGCUGCGGAAGAUUCGGCUGACAUCGAUGACGUGGCAGAAGUCGAGAAUAAAUAUGAAACCGACGGCGAUGACGUUACGUCUCAGAACCCUUCAUCGGAAGCAAUCGAAAGGGAAACGAUCGAAAUUCCGGACGUAAAUUUAGAGAAAAUAUUAGAGGUUAGGCAUAUGUUUGAUCGGUUAUUGCCCAUCGCGAAAACGUGGUCGCUAAAACUGUUUGACGAUAUGUUGGCGACGAUUAAAAUGGUGUACGUGACGUUAAUGGUCAUCCGCCGUUCGAUAUUCAACCAGAACAGUUGGACGAAUACGAUAAACCCAGCGGUGUCCAAACUGUCGAAGAAAUUGAUUUUCAUCCAGACCAGUGUCAACGACGAUGGCGGCGUGACGUCUAUAGAUUUAUCGUUGUUUCCGACUCUUCUGGGGUCGUCCUUGCCGCAAGUGCAGCGCGCCGGCCCGACGGGAUAUUUUGCCAGGUUCACUGCAGCUGCAAAACGGAUGGCAGGUCGACUGUUUGGCAAUCGAUCCUAA